AUGGAUAAUGUUUCUGUGACAUCACUGCUUAUUCUUUUAGGGUUAAAUUGCACAGUGGAACAAAAAGUCACUCUCUUCUCUCUCACUUUGUUAUGUUACUUAAUAAUUUGGAUUUUAAAUAUUGUCCUCAUUGUAACCAUCAUUGUGGAUAAAAGCCUUCACGAGCCCAUGUACAUCUUCCUGUGUAAUCUCUGCAUCAAUGGACUUUAUGGGACAUCAGGCUUUUACCCCAAAUUCCUCAUGGAUCUGCUGUCUCCUUCUCAUGUCAUCUCAUAUGCAGGAUGCCUGCUUCAGAGUUUUGUGAUUUACUCCUCGGUUGGCUGUGAUUUAUCCAUUUUAGCUGUGAUGGCCUAUGACAGAUAUGUGGCAAUAUGUCGACCUCUGGUGUACCACUCUGUAAUGACCAAACAAAGAGUCUCCCUGCUAGUGUUUUUCUCUUGGCUCUUACCCCUUUAUUGCAUGUUCAUGAACACAAUAACAAUCUCUCAGUCCAAAUUAUGUGGCUCACACAUACAUAAACUCUACUGUUCGAAUUGGCUGAUAGGCAAAAUCGCUUGCUCUGUCACUAUUGUAAACAGUGCUAUUGUUUAUUUUAACAUUGCUUUUUAUGCUAGCCAUUCAUUUUUUAUUGCGUGGUCUUAUAUAUAUCUGAUCAGAAUGUGCAUAAAACCCCAAACUAAUAGUAGCAAGUUUAUGCAAACGUGUGUACCACAUUUACUUUCACUCUUCACUUAUAGCUUUGCUGUGAUUUUAGAUUUGAUGUAUAUGCGAUUUGGGCCAAGAGAUGUUUCUCAGAGCCUCCAGAACUUCAUGGCAAUACAAUUUCUCAUUUUUCCUCCAAUUCUGAAUCCUUUAAUAUAUGGGUUGAAACUGACCAAGAUUCGAAACAGAAUUCUAGGUGUGAUUCAUGAUAGAGGAAAAGAUCAGAAGUGUGUAGACAAGGCAGCUCAAAAAAGAUGA